AUGAAUAGAUUUAUUCUGUUUGCUCUAUAUACUUGGUUAGUAAAUUUAGCCAUUACAGUAUCGUGCGUUCAAAAUGAUGAGAAGAUUUCUAAUGGUAGAAGUGCUGCAUCGAUAGGAUUAGUUGGCAAUGUUAACGAUGUAAAUACAACGACUGUUGGAGGUACUGUUCUAGCCGGAGGCGGUACUGAUGUUGAUGAAAUCUUUCAAUGGAUGAUCAAAAAAGCUGGCGGUGGUGACUUUGUUGUUAUACGAGCAAGUGGCACCGAUGCUUAUAAUAGUUAUAUUUAUGAUCUCGGCACAAUUGAUUCGGUUGAGACGUUAUUGAUUAAUUCUCGUGAGCUGGCGAAUGAUCCUGAAGUUGAACGAACACUUCUGAAUGCGGAAGCUGUCUUUAUUGCUGGUGGUGACCAGGCAAAUUAUGUGAACUUUUGGAAAAACACCAAAGUACACCACGCACUUAAUUAUUUACGUAAUACAAAACUAAUACCCGUUGGUGGUACUUCAGCAGGUUGCGCUAUUCUUGGCAAUACUUAUUUUGCUGCUCUUGAGGGAACAAUUACUUCAAUCGAAGCACUUGAUAAUCCCUACAACAAAUAUCUUACUCUUGGCUAUAAUGACUUCUUGAAACAGCCGUAUCUUUCCGAUGUUGUGACAGAUUCUCAUUUUGCUAAUCGAGAUCGACAUGGUCGUCUUGUUACGUUUCUUGCUCGUAUGAAUAAAGACACGGGAAUCUUGGGACGUGGUAUUGGACUUGACGAGAAGACUGCUGUUUGUAUUGAGCCAAGUGGAAUCGGAAAAAUUUACGGCAAAGGAACAGCAUACUUUUUGCAUCAAAAAGGAAUAAAUAGCACCCCGGAAACGUGUUUGAACGGGUCCCGCCUCGAUUGGUAUCAAAAUCAAAGAGCCGUACGAGUCUACAAGGUACAAGGCACCGAUGAUGGUACAAAUAUUUUCGAUCUCAAAACAUGGGCUUAUGGAACUGGUGGCCAUCAUUUGUAUUAUUACGUUAGCAGUGGUACACUUCAUAUUGCUUAUUGA